AUGCAAAACCUGAGAGGGAGAUCAAUUGAUGAUUCGCCAAUUCAAAGAAAUUUUAUUCAAAAGAAUAUUGAGGCUAUUCAAAUCUAUAAGAAAAGAAGCAUCACUCCUCCUCCUAUUAAAAUAGUUCAACCACGAAAAACCUUGCCAUCUCCUAUUUCAGAAAGAUCCCAUUUGCUAGCACCAACAAUUGCUUCGUUAAUGAAGAAAAGAGAAGGUCAAAAAUCUGAACUUACUAAAAGUAGAAGUUCUAAUAAUUUGCUGACUUAUAAGCCAGAUCCUGCUGUUUUUAACAGAAAUGAUGCAGGCAAAAAUCAGCGUGUAACUUUUGAUAGCCCACAGCUCUAUGGCGAUUUUUUAAAUGAAGAUCCCUCGCCUGAGCCUUCUUUAGUACCUAUAAGAAUCAAAAAAAGGCCAACAUCACAAGAUUUUAUGAAGCCAAUAGAAAACGGUUCUCCGAAUUUAUCAUUAAUAUUUUUACCAUCAGAUGAUUCUCCUAUUGACAAUAAAAGUGACUCCAGCCAAGUACUUAUGAAAAAACUAACUUCCUUUGAUAGUGAGCAAAAUGCAAUUGGAAAAAUUAACCCCCUUCUUUAACCAGACAAGCUCCCAUUUUAAUAUAACUUUGUUAUAAAAAAAUUAAUAUUUAAUUAAUAAUUAUAAUGAUGAAAUCUCUAGCCAAUUAAAUUAAUUAUAGAAUUUUAUUAUAAUCAAAGAAGAUUUGAUUUAUCAAAUUCCAAAAUCAUUCAUUUAUUAAAAUAAUCACUCCCUGAUGCUUAUGAACAAAAACCUUUCUCGCUAGUCAAAGGAGGAAGUAAGCAACCCAAAAAAUCUUGAAAUUGAUACAGAGAAAAUUGAAAAUGAAUAUGCGACGCCAAAAGAAUACGAGCCACUUCCAAUUGAAUACGUUAAACUUGACACUUUAAAUUUUUACUCAAGUCAUUUUUCUAUCAGAGAAGCUAUUGUUUCUGAUAUCUUGACUGGGAAAAUUUUUAUAAGUAAAAAAAUAUUAGAAGGAGGAAGCUUAUUGAGAAAAUGCAAAGGCAUAAGAAAGAAAAAUAUUGAAAAACUUGUAUAUGAGGUUGAGUUCAAACCAGAAACCUCUGAUUGUACUCAGUGAUUAGAUAUAAAAACGAAAUUGAUUUCGAAAUUUAAAGGAGAAGUGUUUGAUAUUUUAGAAAAAUUAAGCAAGAGUAAUAAAUUUGCACCAAAAAUAAUCCCAUUAGAAAGAAGAUCACCAAACAGAGCUUUAAGAAAAUUAGAUGACCUUUCAGCAAAAAUAGGAAUGGUUAUAGAGUCAAAGCUAAAAGCCAACAAAAAAGAAGACUGAUUAAAGCAAGUAAUUAGCAAUGACCCAACAAUUCCUGACAUAACUUUAGAACUACCCCAAGAGUAUACAAAUUCUGAUGAAAUGAUUGUAGAUCUAUUUCUCAUACUCUGAAAGCACCAAAUCAAGCCUCUUUCUCCCAAAAGACUUGCUCUUUAUCUAGAGCCUGACCGAUUAAUUCUAAAACUCCCAAAAAUCCAAGACCCUCCCACAAAAAUAAAAAGUAUCCUUCAGCUGAUUCCUCUAUUAAUUUUAAACCUGAAACUUAAAGAAGCAAACCACUAUAUAAAAUCUGUCGACACUUCUUCAAAGCCAGCUAAAAUAUGAGAAGCAUGAAUUUCAAUUUUAUAUCACGUCUAUAACAAUGGAAGCACUAAAGAAGCUUAUUAUAUGCUACAAUCAGUGAGCCCUUCAACAAAUUAUACUCUUCUGUAUAAGAUUGCUUGCAUUUAUACAUUUUAUUUCUCUUGCAUAUUUAGAGGAAUUCCUAGAUCAGUUAGCUAUGCGAAAUCUUUAGAUUUAGGUGAAUGGGAAGGGAUUGUUAUUGCAGAUUUAAUGCUUAGGAGUGAAGCAAAAGACCAAGAAGAAAAAGCUGUAGAAAUACUAAGAGGCAUGAUAGAGAACACGCCUCAUUUGAGAUUUUUAGCAGCAUUUAGGCUAUUUCAGUAUUAUAAAGAUUACAGUUUAUUACCACAGGCUUUAGAAAUCGCAAACCAAAAUUUAAGUUUUUUCAAUGAUCAGUUCAAAGACUGGAACUCGCUCUUUCAAAGUUGUGUGUUUAAAAUUUUAGCUCGAAAUCGAACAGAAAUCACAUAUAAGCCAACAGAUCCUUAUUUACAGUAUCAAAUUUCCAGACUUUCUCUAAAAUAUAAUCUUAACACAGAUAUAGUUGAUAUCAUCACUUAUUUAAACACAGUCAUCAAAUAUGGAUCAAUUUAUAAUCUUGCUAACCAGCUAUUCACCUUUACAUUUUGAAAAUUCAUUUACUUCAGAAGAGAAGGAUUUCACCGAAUUGCAGCGAAACUUGGGGCAACUGCACUAGAUUAUGAACCGCUAGACAAUGAUAAAAUCCUUUCUAUCAAAAAAUAUUUACUCCCCCCCCUCCGUGAGUGAACAAAAAAAAUUUUGUUCACUCACGGAGGGGGGUUUAAUUUUUUUUUUUUAAAAACAUUUAUAUAUACAUUUUUUAUAGAAAAAUUUUUUUCGAAAUUUUAAAAAAAUCCUAAUUUGCAAAAAUUGGAAGGCAAAUAUUAAUUUAAUUUAUAAAAUUUAUGUUCUAAAACGCAAUUUGUUUAAAAUUAAACAGAAUCAGCUCGAGAUUUCAUUGUAAUAAUUAUCACUUAUAUAUCAAUUUUUUUUUUCAUAAAAAAUUUUUGUUCAAUAAAAAUAGGGAUUUUUCUAAUGGUUUUGUUCACUCACGGAGGGGGGAGUUAGCAAAAUAUAAUAAAGUUGCUGAAAAACUCAAACAAUUAGGCAAAGCUAAAAGUCAAAAUGAUACGAAACUUUGUAAGGAAAUUCAAGAGAAUCUAGAAGAUUUUGAUAAAAAUAUGGGUCUAUGCAUAUCGUUGCUAUUAGAACUGAAUACAACGCUAUCUCCUCCAAAAAAUAUUUCUUUAUGUAAGUCAUUAUUAAAAGUCCCGCAUAAAUUUGAAAAUAUGUUUGUUAACUGAUACAAUCUUUAUAAAAGCAAAAAAAUUAAAGAAAAGCAGUUUAAAUGUUUGGAUGGGCAAGAAGAAAUUGAUAAGAGGGAUAAGAAUAAUCCUUUAUAUGUGUUAAAAGUACAUGAUAUUUAGAAAAUUAAAAGUAUGCUAGAAAGUUUUGAAUUAGCAGAAUCAAAUUGCUUAUCUUUGAAGCCAGAAGUCUUAUGAAUAUUAGUUGGAAAAGGCUUUGGAGGAAUAGAAAUAAUAGAUUCUCUUAGGGUUAUGCAAGGAAAGACUUACCUUCGAAUCAACGUAUCAAGAUCAGUGCAAAAACUUAAAAAAGGCACCCAUAGAUCUAAACCUCAUCCAAUCCUAUACUAUUAUUUAGCGAAAUUUCAAAUAGCCCUAAUAAAGCAAACUCGCCAUGCAAGUGAAGCCCAAUUCAACCAAAUAAAUCUCUAUCUAAAUAGUUUCGUCUCUACAGAAAAAAUGAACCCAAUUUAUCUUAUGGUAUUUAUAUCGCUUAACGUCCACUACGGGGUUACGACCCCAGGUUUAUCACUCGCCUUUCGUCGCAUCGGGCCCACCAGUCCGCUGGGGACAGACUCGCUUUGAUCUCCAAGGUGCUUCUAGGGCAAAUGUCCACGUCUUCGACGGCUCAUGGAUGAGCUACUUGCUUGUACAUGGGUUGCUUUUCCGAAAAAACCCAAAAAAUGGAUUUUUUCUGGUCGGCUAUCGGCAAAAAGGAAAAAUGCAAAGCCUGGGACGUAACGCCCAGUUUCACGCUAGGGAGUUGCCCGAAUGGUCCAGAGGACUUUGCUGGGCCCCUUUCCAACCUUGCACCCUCCUUCCCCACGAGGAAAAAUCCACCCCUAAGAACAGACUAGGGCUAGGCUCUGAAAGCUACCAGAAUUGCUUACCUAGCAUUGCAGUCCAUCUCUGAAAUGGUAAAACCUUGCCGGAUAUAAUUAAAAUAUGAGUCGAGUAUGUAUGGCCGGGAGGCCAUACCAAGACGAAGACGCCAUAUUUUAAUUAUGAACCCAAUUUAUCAGCUUAAAGUUUUGUACCUUAAUGCUGAAUUAGCAUUUAUGUGCCGAAACUAUGAGUAAUUUUUAUUCAGACAAUCUUUACGUUAUUUCCAAGAAUCAGAAAAAUACGCCAAUUCGAUUUCUUCCAAUUAUCUGAAAAUUCCUAAAAGACUGCUAAAUGCUGAUAUAAUUACUCAAAGAUUACCUAAAUAUGAAUAA